AUGGCCCAACCCUCCAUGUUCCCGGCUGAGCAAUGGCUGUCCCGCUGGCGGGGGACACCUGGGCUGCUCAACCUCGCCGACACCUAUGCGUGCCCCAUUUCCAUUGACGACUUGACCAGUCUAUCCACUGAAGACGAUGGGGGCCCGUUGACGACCAGCUCGAAGCUCGGCUACGGGAGCACAAACGGUUCAUCCGAAUUGAGACAGAGCGUGGCCCAGCUCGCCAGUGGGCCAGAGACUAAACUUAGCGAAGACGAUGUCAUCAUCACACAAGGAGCCAUCUCAGCCAACUUUCUGGUACUCUACGCGUUGCUGGGGCCGACGGACCACGCCAUCUGCGUCUAUCCAGUCUACACGCAGCUCUACGCCGUUCCUGAGACCUUUGGGGCCCAGGUGUCCUUUUGGCGGCUCAAGGAGGAGGAUGGUUACAUGCCCAAUGUGCAAGACUUGCACACUCUCUUUCAACGCAACACAAAGAUGAUCAUCCUCAAUAACCCCAACAACCCAACCGGCGCCGUGAUCCCAGAGCCGGUGCUACGCUCCAUCAUCGAGAUUGCGCGAGCGCGGAACAUCAUCGUCUUUAGCGACGAAGUCUACCGCCCACUCUUUCACGAGCCGGAGAAUGCGCCGCCGCCCAUCACGGCGUUUGGCUAUGCGCGGACGCUCUCGACCGGCAGCAUGUCAAAGUCGCUGUCGCUGCCAGGCAUCCGGAUCGGGUGGGUAGCCUCGCCAGACCGGUCCCUCAUCGCGGCGUGCGCGGCACGGCGCGACCUGACCACCAUUUCCGUCUCGCAGGUCGACGACCAGAUUGCAACGUACGCGCUAUCAGAGGCGGUACGGCCAGCGCUACUACAGCGCAACGUAGCGCUAGCGCGGCGUAACCGCGCGCUGGUUGAGGCGUUUGCGGCGCGCCACGCCGACCGCUGCCGGUGGGUGCGGCCGGGCGGUGGGACAAUGGCGUUUCUGCAGUUUCGCGAGCCGACGACCGGCCGCCCGGUCGACGACGAGGCGCUGUGCGCAGAGGUUGCCGACAAGAGCGGGGUGCUGCUGGUGCCCGGGUCGUGCGGCUUCGGGGGCGGCGAGGACUGGAAGGGCUUCGUGCGGCUGGCGUACGUGUGCGACACAGCGGUGUUGGAAGAGGCGCUGGCGAGGCUGAGCGGAUAUCUAGAGGAGCAUCUUCGGGACUAA